AAAGUUAAGGGAUCGUGUACAAUGAGAGGAAGAGAUUAACAUGAAAGACGGGUACUGGAUGAAUUUGGCCAAGGUAAUUCAGCAGUGUGAGGUAAAGGGAUGAACAGGGCGAAGAAUGAAGAUAUAAUGCUGGCUAUCCAUUGAACAGUUUUAGCGAAGGAUGAUGAUGAUAUGUGUAUGGAUAGAGGGAAGAAGAGACAAAAAGUGAAGAGGUCUGACCGGUUGUAUGCAUCCUCUGGUCACUUAAGGCGGUUUUCGGAUGAGAAGAGGGGGAAUCGCAUAAACAAAUGUUAACUAUACCCGUUAUCGAUUCAAUGAAGACUGUUGAACGAACACGAACACUUGUUCCAGUUUUGCUAUUAACAUUCCUAACAUUCCUGAAUUGUUCCUUCUUUGCCCGAUCCGAAAUUUGCUAUCGAUGCGCUAACGAAUUUAUUGUUAUGUAUUGGGGGCAUUUUCUCCCAAUUCAAGCAGAAGAUGAAUUAGUUGCCGAUUCGGCAUGUAUUAGAACUGAUGAAAGAUCGGAAGAAGUACAAUGUGUUGGCCCAUGCCUAACACUGAAUGUCACUUUUGGUGAAGGUAGCAAGACUCGAACUAUAGGAAUGAUGCGAGAUUGCCAGAAGAAGUACUAUAGUCGGGAUUCGGGUAACGAUGGAGGAAAUCGCAGAUGCCGGAACCAAACCGUUAAAGUUCGACAACAUGUACUAAAUGCCGAAUACUGCUUUUGUUCGGGUAGUUACUGCAAUGGUGAUGGCGAUCGACUGGACAGUUCAGUGAAUGAAUUUCGGAAAGCACCAAAAUAUACGAAAAUUCGAAACAAUCGAUGGAAUGGUACCAGCAUGUCAGUACCAGCAUGGGGAUGGUCGUUGUGCAGCGUUCAAUGUUUGAUGCUUAUUUAUGUAGUAUGUUUCAAAUUACGUUUGUCUAGUUUGUAGGAUGUGCAUGUGUUACUGUUGGAUAUUAUUUCAUUGCUGUGCUGCGAUUUGUUGCUUCGACAGUUUGUGAAUGUUUGCAGAAAAUAACAUGAACCGGUCCUGAACAAACUUAUGAACCGAAAAGAG